UUGCUCCACAUCAGGAGGUUUUUCAGCAACCCUUCCCAUAAGCGCUGUCUUUACUACCUUGGGGCAAUUUAGUAUUGCUAACAAACUCCUUAAAGUGCUGCUUGAAUACAGCAUACCCCUGCAGGAGGCACGGCGGUCCCUGGAAGCACUGGGCAGCCUUGUUGCGUGCACGCCUUGCAGUGCUUACACCUGCUUCCAGCUCUUAAUGGCGUUGGAGGGAGCCUGUGGAAGAAGAAGUCUCGGAGUGCGCUGCUGCCGCAAGGGCAAGGUGUCUGCAAUAGGAUUUCACUCACCCUCUUGAGGGCUGUUUGAGAGAGGAGAAGCAGCUGGAGCUGACCCUGGAGGCGCUCAUCAGUCAGGUGGCCGACCUGAAGAACUCCUUGGUCAGUUUUAUCUACAAGCUGGAGAAUGAGUAUGACCGACUCACAUGGCCUUCAGUUCUGGACAGCUUUGCAUUGCUGUCAGGGCAGCUGAACACCUUGAAUAAAGUGCUAAAGCACGAGAAGACGCCACUGUUGCGAAACCAGGUUAUCAUACCCCUAGUGCUGUCUCCAGACCGCGAUGAGGAGAUCAUGCGGCAGACAGAGGGGCGCGUGCCGGUGUUCAGCCAUGAGGUCGUGCCCGACCAUCUUCGAACUAAGCCUGACCCCGAGGUGGAGGAGCAGGAGAAGCAGCUAAUCACAGAUGCAGCUCGAAUUAGCCCUGAUGUGGCACAGAAACAGAUCCAAAGUCUGAACAAAAUGUGCUCAAAUCUGCUGGAGAAAAUCAGUAAGGAGGAGCGUGAAUCUGAAAGUGGAGGUUUGCGACAGAACAAGCAGACUUUCAACCCUGCAGAUACCAAUGCCCUGGUAGCAGCUGUGGCCUUUGGGAAAGGAUUGUCAAAUCGGCGACCCCCUGGCUCUGGAGCAUCUGUGCAGUCAGGUCAGCCAGGAGCUGGUGCCAUCAUUGCAGGUGCUUCGGGCAUGCAGCAGGUCUCCAUGUCGGGCGCACCAGCUCAGCAGCAGCCGAUGCUGGCAGGAGUGCAGAUGGCACAAACAGGACAACCAGGAAAAAUGCCGAGUGGCAUAAAAACAAACAUCAAAUCUGCCUCAAUGCAUCCAUAUCAGAGAUGAGCUGAGAUGAACCAGACCCAGGGAACAGCAGUUACCAGCAUUGUCCCUGCUGCAGCCACCACAUCUGGAUUCCUUCUAGGACUUCCAAGUCCCUUCACACACACCAUACCCAGGGAGCCAGGGGUUAUGAGGCACUUCCUUGGGUUUUAUUUAGUGCUGGGUGGCUUGUGUGGACCCUCUAAUGCCGUGUUCUCCUGGACACAAGUACUUCUCUCUUCAGCUGGAGCAGAGGACUUUGUUUCUGGUACUGAUUCCAUCUCCUUCAGGUCUGGCCUGCAGGACGCCUACCCUUUCCUGAUACAGAACCUGAAGAGCUGCACAGAGCACUCUGCCCAUUUCUGCUUGUUCACUCGAGAUAUUCGUGCUUUCCUCCCUCUUGUUGAAUAAAGACCUUGUUCUGCACACUG